CAAACUCCCAAAUCUCGAACCCCUCUUCCCAAAUCCCCCAUUUUCGGACCUUCAAGCUUCCAUAACUCACCCAACACUCAACCAAAUCCUCUCAUACCACCACCAAAACACUCCUCUCACCACCCUCUCCAACUUCAUACCCAAAAAUCACCACACCUCCCUCUCUCUCCAAAAAUCCGAAACCCUACCCCAAAAUCCCCAAAAUCCGAAUUCAAGCUUGAAAUUUGGACAAAAUGGCACCAAAAAGAAGCCAACCGGAGAGCUCUAAUGCUAGAGGACCAAUUCCGGGGUAUGAGACCAUCCGCUUUGGGCCGGGAGAUCACCGCAAACGAUUUUUGGCCAUCAUCAAAAGGCAAGUAGUUCCUUCUAGAUUCCUAUGUCAUAAUGCUCUUACACAACUAGGCUUGUUGAAUGGAAUGAGGGAACUAUUUGAUAGGUUGGAGAUGAAUUUGAUUUUUAAUAUGAAGUAUAAUUGUGUUGACAAAGUGAUUUAUGAGGUGAUGAGUUCGGCUAAAGUUGUUCUACAUGAUGACCCGGCGGAGUUCCUCUACGACAAGCUCACGUUUCGUUGGUUAAACAACGAAUACUCAAUAACGAGACGUGAGUUUGCGGAACACUUCGGCAUCCCCGCACCCCAUGAAAGGGGGAUACCGGAGAGCACACUUGACGGGCACACCUUAUGGGCCAAAAUGACCGGAGAAAGGAAGGUGAACGCGUCUAAACUAUCCAUUAGUCACGUUCAACAUCCUCUUCUCCGGAUGUUCCUAAAGUUCUUGUGCAACUCCUUACUUGGUCGCCCCAACAAUCACCAUACUCGGAUGGGGGACGUGGCCAUACUCACUCUAGCCCUUUUUCAUAGACCCACGGAAUAUAAUCUUUGCAAUUUGAUGUGGGAUCACUUGGAGGAAGCAUGUAAGAAGACCGGGAAUAUUGUGGUUGGGGGGGUUGUGAUGCACUUAGUGAGCAAAUUCGGUUAUACGGACAAUGCUCCAAUUCACCCCGAUUGCUUAAUGCACAUUGGUUGGUUGUCCAAUGCGGGUUUGAUCUCUUUGGGCAACAAGGACCACAAUGGAAACCAACGCUAUCGGUGGCACAUGAAAUACCCCGAACCCACCAAAUAUUUCCCCCUCCCUUGUGAUGAAUUGCCUAAGCUUAGGUAUAGGAUGGCCACAUUCGAGAUCCCCCAUUACCUCCUCCCAAACAACAUUCCACCCCACCUCCAAGAUCAAGCCAACCCACCCGAAGAACAACCCGAGCAUCAUCCCGAUCAAGCCGACAAUCAAGGACAUGAAGAUGUCCACAAUGCUCUUCCCGACCCUCCUCAAAACCCGCCACCCCAAGACUUUUUCCAACAACUCUUGGCGGGUCAACAAUCCCUCCUUGCCGGGUUCCAAACCAUGAGCCUCGAUUACACAAAAAUGGGUAGGCAAUUUACCCAACUUCAAGAAGAGCUAGGCCAAUACCGGGCGGAGCAACAAGCAAGGGACCGCCAAUUUGAUGCUUUCCGGACCGAGCAACAAUCGGCAUUCCAAAGGAUGGAGGAGCAAAGGGCGGCCGAUAUGCAAAGGUAUGAGGACGACUACCGGAGGAUGUAUGGGCCCACAUACUCAUACAUGUCCCACAUCGGCGGCUUUGCAUCUAUGUCCUCACCACCACCGGCACCCUCUUGGUAUAACCCCUCCGAUUGGGGUAAUUUCGGCGGCUCCACUUCCGGCGGUGGUGGCUAUGAUGGCGGGGAUACGACCAUGGGCGAGGGAGGUGGCGAUUAUAUGCAGGGAAGCGGCUUUGGAGGCGGAUAUUAUGGCGGAGAAAGUGGGCACUAAGGAUAGUGCCACGUUUCAAGUGUGGGGGAGGAAGCAUCAUCUCUUGGGCACUAUCUCUUGGGGAGGAAGAAGAAAGGAAGAAGAAGAAGUGAGGAGCAUAGAAGACCAUUAAACCCAAGGAAAAAUUUGUUUUGUAACUUCAUUUACAAUACUUGGUGGUUUUAGUUCCUUAUUUCUUCUUAUCUAUGAACUCAUGGUCUGUUGAUGGACAUUAUGUAAACAUUUGGUUUUACUCGAGGACGAGUAAAUAAACUAAGUGUGGGGGAGUUGACAUUCGUGUAAUUUCCAUAUUUAAAUUUGUACUUUUAAUUAGUUUCGAGUGAUUGUUACUUUGGAAAUUACACACUUUUGGUGUAAAUAGUUUAGUUUGUAAAAUAUUUGUAAUAUGUUUAGAUUAGGUUUAUUCUGAGCUCAAACAGGUCCAAAUACACUUUGGAGAACAUCACCAGUGGAAGGAAGGUGCAAGAAUGCAAGAAAAAGAUUGAAGAUCUCGUUUUUGGUCUGUACCCGAUCGGGUAUGACCUAUACCCGGUCGGGUACCCUUCUGAAAUUUCGAAUCAAAUCAAAUCCGG